AUGAGGUCCAUUCUGAUCAUCUCCCUCCUCGGCUGCUUCUUUGCAGCAUAUGAGGCCAAAAUCUUCCCCAAGUGUGAGCUGGCCCGCAAGCUGAAGGCAGAGGGAAUGGAUGGCUUCCACGGCUACAGCCUGGCAAACUGGGUCUGCAUGGCUGAGCAUGAGAGUAACUUCAACACCCGGGCCUUCAAUGGGAAAAAUGACAAUGGCAGCAGUGACUAUGGGAUCUUCCAGAUCAACAGCAAGUGGUGGUGCAAAAAUAACUCCUCCCCUUCAGCAAAUGCCUGCAACACAAUGUGCAGUAGGUUUCUGGAUGACAACAUCAGUGAUGACAUCGCCUGUGCCAAGAGGGUCGUGAAAGAUCCUAAUGGGAUGUCUGCCUGGGUGGCCUGGGUAAGACACUGCAGAAACAAGGAUUUGUCCAGAUAUCUAGCCAGUUGUAAUCUGUGAGACUGUCAUUGAAUAUGGCUCCUGGAGAAAGUGGCCAAGUUCUUGGAAACUCUGAAUUUCUAUCCCCCUUCCCCCAUCUCUGCCUCCAAAA